CUCUGUCUAUGCAGGUCCUUUGCUUGCAUCGGCCGCCAAUGGCAUGCAAUAUGGGAUGCAAUCAGUGGCCUCGCCCACCCACAUGCAACAGCAACAUCACCAGCACCAACAGCAGCAGCAACAUCAGCAGCAACAGCAACAACAUCAUCAGCAUCACAAUUCCACAAGCAGCAGUCCGGGUCCAGUGGGUUUGCUCCACACCAGCGGCUCGACAACCACUGGAGCCACUGGGCACAGCUCGUUGCUGGACGAUGGCUAUGCAUCGCCCAAGAGCAGCCACAGUGGCAACGGUGCUGCUGGUGGUGGUGAAACCUUGCCACCCUUUAACCGCUUUGCAGCAGCCAGCGGUGGUGCUGGCUAUGGCAACGGCGUGGCCAAUGGAUCUGGCACUAGCGCUGAACGGACUGGCUAUGCAUCGCUGACCAAUUACCGCACACACAGCGAUGCCUGGUCAGGUCAUUACGAGCCAAUUAGCUACGCGUCCAGUGCCAACAGUCAGGCACAGUUGGGUGGUGGCGGUGGCGGGGGCGCCGCAAUGACCAAUGUGAUACGCAACGGACGUGCCGUUGCAGCAGCAGCUGCCGCUGCAGCCGCCGUCGAUGGCGCUGCCAGUGCUGGCGUUGAUCCUUCACGCUUCUUGGCCAAUGCCGCACAUCUAUCCGCAUCGGCAUCGUUAACAGCAAUGGCCGCUGAAUCAGGCGGGGAUUUCUAUAAGAGCUUCCCAUUUAACGUGGCCACAAGUAGCCGCAAUAAGGCAGCAUCCACAAAUGCCAACAGCGCAGCCGGUUCCGGUGCCGGUGGCGGCUCAACGUCAGCGACAUCGUCGUCAGUGGCUUCAACGGCGCUCGACGAGCACGUUAGUCGCGCCAAUUCGAGACGCUUGAGCGCCUCGAGACGUGCUGGCAUGUCCUGCUCCAACUGCCAGACGAGCUAUACAUCGUUGUGGCGUCGCAAUCCUGGCGGUGAGCCCGUCUGCAAUGCCUGUGGACUUUACUUUAAGCUGCACAAUGUGGUGCGUCCCUUGACCAUGAAGAAGGACACCAUACAGAAACGCAAACGCAAGCCGAAGGGAACAAAGAGUGAAAAGUCAAAGAAGAUGCGUGCUUCACAGGCGGCUGCAUUGGUUGCCAGCAAUGUCAAUGCUUGCCACAAUGCGGCAAUGCAACUGGAGAGCCACAAUCUGCAAAUGGAUGUCAAUGAUGAAAUGAAACCACUUGCAUAUAUGUCAUACGCAUCACAGCAGCAACAGCUGCAGCAGCAACAGCUAAACACUGAGCAACAUUCAUCGGCGGCCAGCUCGCCCCAAAGCAUGGUAUCCUCCUCAUUAUCACCUAAUGCAACAGCCCAACAGCAGCAACAGCAGCAGCAGCUCUGUGCUGGCCUGGACAUGUCGCCCACAUCCUCGUAUCAAAUGUCGCCCAUUAACAUGCAACAACAGCAGCAGCAGCAGCAGCAGCAGCAGCAACAACAACAGCAAUCAUGCAGCAUGCAACAUUCACCUAGCACACCAACAUCAGUCAUGUCACAUUCCAUUUACUCAACGCCAUCGCCCACGCAACUUCACAGCAGCAACAACAACAACAAUAACAAUAAUACAUUGUUUAAUCAUAACAACAACAACAACAACAGCAAUGAAAAUAACAAACAAAUUAUACAGAAAUAUCUGCAAGCUCAACAGCUGAGCAACAGCAACAACAACAACAACAACAACAACAGCAGCAGCGAUCAACAAUUGUUGGCACAACAGCAACUUAUGCACCUGAUGCCGAACUCCAUUACGGCAGCAGCAGCUGCAGCAGCAGCGGCGGCGGCGGCGGCGGCGAUCAACACGGCGAUCAAAUCGGAGGCGGCCACCAGCAACACCAACACCACCAGCAAACAAUUGGCUGCCAUAACAACGACAACAACACAGACAACGGCAUCGAACACACUAUCCUCACUGAGUCUCAACAGCAGCAGCAACAUUAUCAAUCUGCCAAAUCCCUAUCAACAGCAGACGCUUGGUCAGACGGAGAUGCCCUUGUGUAAGGCCGCUCUCAGUGGCAGAUCCUCAUCGCCCUACUAUCUAAAUCAUCUGGCCGACGAGGAGCAGCCAGCCAUUAUCAAACUGGAGCAAUUGGAUCAUCAUCAGCAGCAACAUCACCACCAGCAGCAGCAACAGCAACAACAGCAACAGCAACAAGAUGACAUGUUGCUCAGUCGUUCAACAUCAAUCGAUGAGCACUAUGAAUUGGCGGCAUAUCAUCGCCAGCAACAGCAACAACAACAACAGCAGCAGCAACACAUGUUGCAGCAUGAGCAACAAAUUACAAGCUAUGCGAUACACGCAGCCGCACAGCAGCAACUACACGAAUUUGGACGAAAAUAUGGCGUUGAGCGCGAAACUGUCGUCAAAAUGGAAUAAAUGUCGAUAAAUAUUUGAAAAACUUUAGAACAGAAUCGCAUUGUCAUGACCAAAGAUAUUGUUGUUACAUAAAUCUCACACAGCUCCAAAGAAACUUUAAUCCAUUUGUAGGUUAAGCAUUUCAAUUGCAUAAAGAAUUCAAAGUUCUCUAAGAACUUGCAACAGCGCACACACACUCACACACACAUACACGCACACUCGUUUUGUACAUAAAUUUAAGCAAAUUUAAUUGACAUUUCCAAUAAGCUACAACUACUCGAGUUUUGUUAUUUAAAAUUUAGUUUAAUUUUUAGCGAAAUGUCUGAAGCAUAAAUCAAACACUUGAUGGGUUUCUUUUUGUUGUUAUGCCCAAUAUUUAAUACUAUUUUUUGUUAUUAUAAUAUAUGAAUAACACUUGAGAUUUCUAACUAUCAAAUUCCAAUUAGAAAUUUAAGUACUAUUUUAUACGAACAAUAAUGAAAACAUGAAACAAAAACAAAACAUCUUACAACAUAAUCUCAUGCAAUUUUAGUUAAUAAUUUAUCUAUUUUUAAAUAAAUAUUUAAAGCCAAAUUAAGUUUUAGUUACGUACAACUUUUUACUUCUUUAUGCAAUAUUAAUAUUAUUAUUAUUUUUGAACAAAUAAAUGCCAAUUACCCAA